AUUCAAGACACAUGUCCAUUCGAUUCUAUAAUUCAAUUACUUUUUAAUGGAGUACUGGAAAAUGAAAGCUUCAGAGAAUAUGCAAAUGGAUCCGAAAAUUUGAGUUUUAAACUUGCUUUAAAUUUAAUGAAAAAUGGCGUUACGAAGAACCCGAAAAUAUACAAUGAACGAUUUUCUAUUUUGUAUAAAUUUUAUAAGGAAAUAGAACCAAGGCAAAAAAUGCAGUGGACAUCCACAUCUGACAAAAAAAAAAGUAAAGCUCUUGUCAUAUCACGUGUAAUUGACUGUAAUGACAAUGUGACUAGAUUAUGGAAUAAUUUGUUUCAAGACGAGCCUAGUUUAUUCGAAAAUUUUCUAUGUGAAUCACAACAGUGUAAUUUUCAAUUGAGUAAACCAGCAAUAGGUGUAGAUUAUCAUGUUCUACUGAAAAAUGGAAUUCAGGAUUUGCAGUCUGCGUUGAUAUUUCGCGGUUCUUUUAAAAAGCUUUGUCCGGUUUGUAAAAGUAUACAAACUUGUGAACAAAAACUCAACAUGUAUAUUUAUAUUGAGCUAGACAUACGGUUGCGUAACGAUAUUAAAGGCUUAUCAUGUAAACUAAGAAAUUUUCCCAUUAUUUUAAAUAUCAAAGAAAGUCAAACUAAAGUCCUACGGUAUCGUUUGUGUGGAGUUAUUGGUCAUAAUGUGAAUCAUUAUAUUGCAUAUUGUCGAAGAUUGUCAGGAAUUUGGCGAUUCUAUAACGAUAUGUUACCAGCAUCACAAAUAAUAGGUGACCAUACUGAAAUUGUGCCACAUGGAGUACUUUAUUUACGAGAAAAUUCAGUAGACGAAUAAGUAAUUUUAUUGCAAUUUUAUGUUUUGUUAUUACGAUGUCAAAAUGAUUUUUAUUAUUUUACCAAAAACAUACUAUUUAAUGUUAAAUGUUAUUUUUAAAAAAUUUUUAUAUUUGUAAUGGUAGUAUUGUUAAAGCAGAGUUCUUCAAUUUUCAAAAAAUUUUAUUGAUAUAUCUUAUCAAAAGUAUAUUAAAAAUUUAAUUUCUUAGAUUAUUUUUCUGCAUGACUAUUAAAAAUAUUAUUUUAUACUCAAAUAUAUGCUUAGGUCAAAAAAUGAACAGAAAAGUUCAUAAAAAUUUAAUUAUUUGAUUAAUUCAGUAAUGUUAUUUGUCAUAGUUAUUUAUUAUAAAGUUAAUAUCUUAAGUGUUUAGUUUACUAAUAGAUCUAUCGUUAUUUAAUGAUUGUUCUUUGGCUAGUGUAAGUGCAUCGGUGUACAGCAUUUUAAACUCUAUUCAAAACCAGCUGAUUUUUGCUAUAUUUUUCACAUAAUGAUGAAUAAUUUGUAAUAAGAGCUUACGAUGUGAUUAUUUUCAACAACAAUAAAAGGUGUAUUGAUAACAAA